AUGUGUUUGAGUGUUUGGGCCAAGUGUCACGUUGAGGCUCGUUGCAAGGACGAAGUUGAAAACGAAGUUGAGGAUGAAGUUGAAGACGAAGUUGAAAACGAAGUUGAGGAUGAUGUUGAAGACGAAGUUGAGAAUGAAGUUGAAGACGAAAUUGAGGACGAAACUGAGGACGAAGUUGCAGACGAAGUUGCAGACGAAGUUUCAGGCGAAGUUGCAGACGAAGUUGCAGUCGAAACUGAAGCGGUUCAGACAGUCGUGAUACGAGGAAAGACGGUAGACGAAGAGGACUACGAAGGCGAUAGGAGACACAAGAGCGCGAGCGACAAUGAAGCCGUGGGUACAGAUCACGAGGACAAGAGUGAGGACCGCGAGGCCGAAGACGAGAGCGAGGAUGAUGGGAAGGGCGAUGGUGAGAGCGACGAGAGGAGCGACAACGAAGACGAAGGUAGGGACAAAGACAGUGACGAGGACGAGGGUGAAGACGAGGAGGAGAAGCACCGGUACAACUAUCAGCACACGGAGAAGAUAUUGGUACAGUGA